UCGAGAACGGUGCGUUUUCGUUUCAGUUUCCGUCGUGGCCAUUAUCGAUCGAAAUCGCGAGUUGGGGGAUUUGUGCGAUUUUCGUAAUAAAGUUUCGCGCUAUUAUCGCACAGCUAAGCUAAUAAAAUAACAACGCCCCAAAACCAAAUGCGGAAACCGAUUUUGAAUGUUGAUUUUGUCGCCGGAAAGUGAAUUGAAAUUGCACACAAAAAAGGGUUCAUUGAACGCCGCAAGAUUUAAGUUGAUAUUUAAACAAAUUUAAGGAAUUUGCCAUGGUUCUGCCAGCUGCCUCGACAUUAUGCAAUGUAUUUACAUUUCUACUGGCGGGUUCCCCCAUCUUCUACAGUGCUGCGCCCCGGGGAUCCUGCGCCAGCUGCUGUGCAAUUAAAGAGCGCGAGGACAUAAAGUUUAUGCUCUACACAAGGCAGAACCGCAACACAGCCCAGCUCUUGCACCUGGGCGACGAUGCCCGGCUGGCGCAGAGCAAUUUCAAUUUCAAUUACCCGCUGGCCAUCUAUCUGCACGGUUUCUCGGAAUCGGCCACCGGCGAAAAGCAGAGCAGUCAGGAGCUGAAGGACGCGUUUUUGCGACGGGGCAACUAUAAUGUCAUUCUUGUGGACUGGAGUGCGAUGACAGCGGUGCCCUGGUAUUCAAAUUCCGUUGAGAAUCUCCCGGUGACGGCCCGUUAUUUGGCCCGAUUUUUGCGCUAUCUCAUAGACAUGCGCUAUCCGGCCAAGCACAUCCAUCUGAUAGGCUUCAGCCUGGGGGCCGAGGUGGCCGGAUUUGCCGGAAAACAGCUGCAGGAGUGGGGCAUCAAGCUAACCAGGAUAACGGCUCUCGAUCCGGCUCUUCCUCUGUUCGAGGGGAACAGCUCUAAUCGCCGUCUGACCCCCAGCGAUGCCCGGUUCGUGGAUGUCAUCCAUACGGAUGGUGGCAUCCUGGGAAACCCCACGGCCAUGGGCCAUGCAGAUUUCUAUCCGAAUGGGGGACGACCCCUGCAGCCGGGUUGCGCCAAACAGGAAAUUGCCAAUAAUCGCUGGCUGGGCAUAAUUAUUGGCUGCAGUCACCAACGUGCCUGGGAGUACUUUGUGGAGAGUGUGGGCCAACCAAAAAGCUUUCCCUCCCAGCGCUGCGAGUCCUCUGAAUCGAUUGGCGCCUGUCGUGAGCCAGGAAACAGCCCAUCCUUCAUGGGGAUGGGAGCAGAUCCCAGACUACGAGGUAAAUUCUUCCUGGAAACGAACGACGCCAAGCCGUUUGGAAAGAACAGCCGACCAAGGGCCAUUGUCUCGCUGGCUCCUCGGCUGCCUAUUGCCUACAAAUUGCCACCAAACGCCACCAGACAGACGUUUGUCAAUCAGUGGCCUACGGUUUCGGGCCAGCAGGGUAAUCAGGACGAAAAGGACGAGCAGGAGGAUAACAACACGCUGAGCAACAACAUUGACAGCUUCUUGGUGACGUGACGGAAUUUCCACAAACUUGGAAGGGGUUUCUACGGAGGAAUGGGGAAUGAAAAUUCUCUAGAGUCUCCUCCAACAUCAGUUCAGAUUUAUGGGGGCAGGCGGCGUGAUUAACUCAGUGUCCUUUCCCACUGCCACCGAUGGAUGGCACUCUACGUUGCAAUUGAGGGCAACUGUUUCUUGUGAUCUUCCUUUAAGUAUUGCUAGCACGUAAUCAGGGCGCUUGUGAGCCUUUUA